CACCACUCGUCCUCUCCUCCCCCUCUCUCCUACGCACCCACAGCCGCCGCCCUCUCCCUCCCUCAGAUCUCGAUCCGCCGCCGCCCCCAAACCCACCCCCCUGUCAACGACCCUCACCGUAGAUAUGGUGUUGUGGCGCCGAGGCCGGGCCGACCUGAGCGCCCUACUCCUAGCGACCGUCGUCGCCUCCUGGAUCCUAUUCCACGGCGCCUCCGGUUACACGGCCGUGUCACUGGCCGCCGACAUGCUCUUCCUCCUUCUGGUCGUGCUGUACGCGUGGUCCAGGGCUGCGCGCCUCCUCGGCCACCCCGCGCCGCCCAUCCCCGACCUGCAGCUGGUGGCCGACGAGCUCGACGCGCUCAUCAGCUCCGGCCUCGCCGGCAUCGUCUCCGCCUUCCGCCGCGUCGCGCAGGGCCAGCCCGGCUCUGGGCGCGUCUUCGCCUGACUCAGCUGCUCAAGGAACCAUGAGCCUACCUCUCCGGCCCCUUCCGCGCCGUCAUGGAUGCCGCCGAGCUCCUCCUCCACAAGAUCCGC